CCUGGUCACAUGUUUCCUGUGACAUCACAAGGUUAAUCUGGAGGAUGGGAACUAGCCGCUACCCUAUCCUUACCGAUCUUGUUUUGAGUUUGUUACGUCUGCUCAGUGUGUAUCAGCAGCAUUCUUAGGCUGUAAAAGCAGACCACCUUUUCCAUGCACAUGGAAGGAACAGGAUUUCUGACUGCAAAAAAAAUCUGUUCUUUACAUUCAGGUAAAUGCUAAUGAAUAAUUUGAACAAUCCGCCUCGGUGGAACAUCCAACCUAAUGAAGAUGGAAAUGGGAGUAAAUGGAAUUAUGCUUUGCUUGUUCCCCUAAUGGGACUUGCUGCUUUCCGAUGGAUCUGGUCAAAGGAAUCUGAAACACAAAUUAGAAAAGCCAAAUUAGAGUAUCAACAGAAAAUAAAUGAUGUCCAAAAAGAUUUGGAAAUGAAAUAUCAGGACAUUGUUGUUGAGAACCAUCGUACAGUGGCUCAUUUGCAAAUCGAGCUUGAAAGGGAAAAGAACCGGACACUGAGUUACCGUAAAGCUCUCAUAUCUCAAAGUCGAAAAUCGGUUGAAGAAAGGAAGCUCCUGACAUAUGAGCAAGACAUAUUAAAGCAAGAAAUCAAGGCAGCCCAAAAGAGUGGAGCAGCAGGAACUUUGUAUACAAGCUACAUUGAUAAAGAAAAAGAAUGGCAGACAAAAGCAAAAUGUUUACUUGGUGAAUUUGAGGAAGCCCUCAAAGAUAGACAGGACAUUUACUGUAGCUUUGUAGCACCUAGGAAAAAAAGAUUAGAAAUCGAAAAAAACCUGCUUGUUAAAGCUGCAACCAAUCCAGUAGCAGUAGAAUUAGAAAUGUCAGAAGGCUUGGUAGACAUUUUUAAACAUGACACUCACUGUGCAGUAUCGUGGAACAUCAAUAAGUAUGAAAAUGGUAGACUAAUGUGGUUAUAUUUGAAAUAUUGGGAACUGCUAGUAGACUUUAAAAAAUUCAAGAGAGCUGAAGAAGCUAUGAUAGGGAAGUAGUGCGUGUUUCCAUUUAAAUUAAGACCCUAUAGAAAAAAAACAUGGUGGUAAAUGUUUAAAUUAAUACAUUUAUGCCAUUACUUGGUAAUUGUAACUACCGGUAUUUACAUUUAGCAAGAGAUAUUAAAAUGUUUCUCCUAUAA